GGCUUCGAUUCAAAACCUGAGCUUCAUCACGUGCAUAGCCAAAUGCACAUGCGAGAGGCGAAGCCAUAUAAAUGCACUCAUUGCAUUAAAUCAUUUGCCAACAGUUCAUACCUCUCGCAACAUAUGCGAAUUCAUCUCGGUAUUAAACCAUUUGGACCAUGCCAGUAUUGCGGCAAAAAGGUACAUAUUUGUGCUUAUUGUGGUAAAUCAUAUACACAGCAAACUUAUUUAGCAAAGCAUAUGACGAAGCACGCUGAUAGGCGGAAUAUGAUUUCGGUCGGUCUGGCAAAACUUGGUGCGACCCGGCGGCUCGCCACCGGCAAGCCCACAGUCCAUACUGAAUGGGCAAUAAUUUUCGUUGGACAAAAUGGUUCGUGCAGAAGUAACUUCGUCGAGGGACUCGAAGGUUUGAACGCAUGGCGUAACGAUACAUCUUCAGCACCAACUAUGACAGCACAUGGUAUUCCCGAUCUCACUUCAGUCACACAGCCACAGAUUGAUUUUAGUCAGUUUCUUGUUUGUUUUAUGCUUCGUUCCACUCACUUCAAUGCAGCAGGCAUUCAGGCAUCAGUGUUAUCGGCUGCUAACCAGACCGCGAAUAGUUCAUCAACGAACUGCACAUAUCCGAGCGCAUCAGCCGCUGCUGCCAAUCAAAUGAUGGUUAAUGAUCCGUCGGCGUUUCGCCUCAAUAUGGCUGCCUUUGGACGUACGCUAGGCACGUCGCGAUCAUAUUUCCCUUUCGACAAUCCUGCCUUCAAAUCAGAAGCGCCCAGACCAACAGGUUUCAAUAUGAUAACACCGUUAGAAAAAAUUCAGUGUUACACUCAGCAAACUUCAACAGCCUCCAGCGUACAAGAACAACAGUUUCAAAAUCCAAUGCUCAACUAUAAAUAG